UCAUCAUUUUAGUACAUUUUGUCACUAUUUUGUUCACCUAAAAAAAAUAAAAAAUUUGAAUUAUGGAGUCCUUAUUUCAUAGAGAUACAGAUUUUAUGUGCAUGUGUAUAUAAGAUAAGAUAAUAUUGGUUACUUCAUCUGACUAAACUCUAUCGCAUAGUCUACGUACGAACUUAUAGCUUGUUUUAUUGGCGAAAUUGCAAGCCUAGAAGAAUAGGGAAGGCAAAUUUUCAAAUGGCGGACUACCUACCGGAACAUGUGAUAGUUCAAAUCAUGGAGAGGUUGCCGAUCAAAUCCCUAAUCCGCUUCACCUCCGUUUCGAAACGCUGGCGUUUCAUCAUAUUGUCCGACCCAAAUUUCGCCAAAUCCCGAUUCCAGCAAACCCGAAGUCGCAGAGUCCUCCUCUGCCACGAAUGCGAAUACGAUAGAAUGAGUUUCCCCUGCCCCGACUGCCCAGAACCUGAGUUCGGAUCCCGAGACUUGGAGACGCCGUGGUCCACCGAAGACAGAAAGGUCAGAUGUCCGUUCAAGAAGCCGGGCGAUGAACUCCAAUCACUCUACUCGUGCAAUGGUUUAGUAUGUGUAACUCUUUAUCAUCGACACUGCAUGGAGGAUUUGGACAUUUAUAUUUGGAACCCAUCAACUCAAUUCUUCAAAAAACUACCCGCUUCUCCUUUACAAGUACAAAAGAGCUCCAAAGUACUAUACGCUGUGAUGGUUUUGGCUACUUGUCAGCCACCGGCGACUACAAAGUUCUCAUCUCAUCAGACAGUGAGCAAUACAUCUUCUCAUCGAACACUGACAUUUGGAAAAGGAUCGAAGUCCCUUUCCGCCUUUGGAUGAAGGAUGCAGGGACUCUUUCAAAUGAGGCACUUCAUUGGAUUCGUAGGAAUAAGAAGAUGCUUGCUUUCGAUUUAACACAUGAGAAGUUCCGAGCUAUGCUGC